AUGGGACGGUAUAUCCCUUCAGCGGAGACCAUCAAGCAACGAUGUACUUCUAUCAAAGCAUGGGAACUGCCGAAGCAGGAAAGUGCGCUUGCGCCGGACUAUGUCUGGACGAACAAGGAUAUGGACCCAGUCCCAGUAGAGGACCAAACAUGGACGCUUUGGACGUGGAUGGCUUACUGGGCAACCGACACGAUCAACUUGGGCACUUGGGAGACCGCUAGCUCCAUCAUCGCAGUUGGCUUGACAUGGCGCGAAGCCAUUCCAAUCAUGGUUGUCGGAACAUUUUGCGUUGCUAUCCCCAUGGUACUAAACGGUGCUAUCGGUGCAGCACUUCAUGUACCCUUCAGCGUUAUCGUGCGCUCAGGUUUUGGCUACUACUUCGCCUACUUCUGUAUUGUGUCUCGAUCCAUCCUCGCAAUGUUCUGGCUUGGCAUACAAGGCGCGAACGGUGCGCAAGCCAUUACGGUCAUGAUCACUGCGAUCUGGCCAUCAUACGCAAACGUGCCCGACCAUAUCGGCAAGGCGACGCAAGGUAUCUCAACGAACGGGAUGAUCAGUUAUUUCAUCUUCUGGAUCAUUCAGUUACCGCUGCUGCUUAUUCCGCCGACGAAGCUUCGAUGGCUGUUCAUCAUCAAGUUAGUGGCUGCUCCAAUCACCGCCGUUGCUACCCUGGGAUGGUGCGUCCACAAAGCUGGGGGAAGCGGUGAGCUGUUCAAUCUCCAGCCAGCAGUCUCUGGAUCGACAUAUGCCUACUUAUGGCUGUCGUGCAUGUCGGCAGUUACUGGCUCGUGGGCCACACUUGCCUGCAAUAUUCCGGACUUCUCCCGAUAUGCGAAGAGCUCAAACGGCCAGUACAUCCAACUUCCAUUCCUGCCUAUCAUUUUCACCAUUUGCGGCGUGCUCGGCAUCAUCACAACCUCAGCUUCAAUCGUCAUCUGGGGCGAGCCUUACUGGAACCCGCUCGACAUAGUGGCUAAGUGGCUUGACUACGGCCAUAGCGGAAGAGCUGCUGCCUUCUUCGCUGCAACCGCGUGGUAUAUUGCGCAGGUCGGCACCAAUAUUACAGCGAAUAGUAUUUCCGCCGCAAACGAUUUAACUGUCCUCUUUCCGAAGUAUGUCAACAUCUUCCGUGGCUGCAUCAUCGCGGCCAUCGUCGGUGGUUGGGUCAUCGUUCCAUGGAAGAUCCUCAGCUCCGCCGAGACGUUCUUGGCUUUCAUGGGUGGCUACUCUGUCUUCUUAGCCCCGAUGGCGGGCAUCAUCGCUUCCGACUACUGGCUUAUCAAGCGUCGCCGGAUCGACGUACCAGGCCUAUAUGACCCAUAUGGCCGAUAUCGUUACUGGUACGGCAUUAACUGGCAAGGCCUUGUUGCUUUCCUUUGCGCCGUGGGACCAAAUCUACCGGGCUUGGCGUACAGUAUCAACGCAAAGGGCACCCAUAUCAGUCAGGGAGCUAAAAACCUGUAUAGCUUCGAUUGGCUAUAUGGCUUCGUGUCGAGCAUUGUCAUAUACACCGUGUUGCACCUCAUCUUCCCGGCUAAGGAGAGCUUGGUGCCGAAGACGAUUGAUGGUGUCGAGCUUCUGGCACAAAGGAAGGCUGAGACUGGUGGACAAUCACCUGCGGAGAAGGAGAUUGCUGAGGACUAUGAAAAGCACGCCGGUCAAUUCUCGGAGCAAGGCAUCAGGAGGCGGAGUGAGGGUUACGGCUAUGCGAAUGUUGAUCCGCUCCAUCAUGCCCGUGAUGUUUACGAUAAGUAA